UCUUGAAAUAAAAUAAUGCUUUGAUGCUUCUUUGUUGGGAAGUCUUUAAUGCUACUACUACAUAUAUUAGAAGAGGAUCAAAUCUAAAUGGUAGGUUUAAACUUGCGGAGAUUAUUCUCUUUAGUAGGUACUUAUCAGGGAUCUUGAAAACAAAAAAUAAAUUUCUGAUUUUAAGGAAUCGGGACGAUAGAAUUUGUAAUAUUUUUUAAUCGAGAUUAAAAUUUUUAGAUUCGUUCAAUUACUAUUGGGGGAGUUAUACUCAUUGGAAUAAUUCUUUGCUGUUUAGUUGCAAGCAUUUUAAUAAUGGUUAUUUCAUUAACGUGUGAUUGUUGGUGGACAUUAGGUGAAAAUAAAAAAAAAUUUA